CCUCCCGGACCCGCGGCCCGGGAUCCCCCUCCCCUCCCCGCCCCCGUCCGGAGCGGGAGCGGGAGCCAUGGCGGGGUCCCUGCGGGAGCAGACGGCGCUGCUGGUGGCCGACUACCUGGCGCAGUGCGGGCCGGGCCCCGCUCCGCCCGCCCCGCCGCCCAGCCCCGCCGCCGCCACCCUGCGCCGCGCCGCCGCCGCCCUGCGCCGCCAGCACCGCCCCUUCUUCGUCUGCGCCCGCCGGCGGGCCGGGGCCGGGGCCGGACCGGGGGACCGGCCGGGGGACGGAGACGGGGCCGGGGACGGGGACGGGGACGGGGCCGGACCGGCCGCGCUGCUGGCCCAGGUGGCGGCCGAGCUGGACCACGACGGAGGCCUCAACUGGGGGCGGGUGGUGGCCCUGGUGGCCCUGGCCGGGGCGCUGCUGGACCCCGAGCCGGACCCCCGGACCCCCGACCUCAGCCGGACCCUGGCCGACACGCUGUGCCACUACCUGGCCGAGGAGAAGGGCGAUUGGCUGCGGGAGCACGGCGGCUGGGAUGGCUUCUACCAUUUCUUCAACCAACCGGAGGGCCGACCGGCCGAACAGAACAGCGCCUUCUGCAACGCCAUCAUGGCCGCGGCAGGAUUUGGGCUAGCGGGAUUAGCCUUCCUCUUGGCCGUGCGGUAGACGGCGAUCGGAGAGCGAAGAGAACUCCGAUCCGUUCAGCCCUUGCCGUCUCUCUCUUUUUUUUUUUUUUAAGAAAAAAGGCAAAUCGACUGACCAGAGACACGAGGUACACUUGCAGAGGGGCAGACGGGAGAUGGGUUUUCAAAGGAAAAUGGUCCGAGAAGAAUUUGAAGGCAUCCAGGCGAAUGCCGACAGACUGGUACCUGGGAUACUGACAUCUAAGCUCAUUGCAGAGUUUUUAAAAAUGUGCAUCUUGCUUCCAGCGUCGUUAUCCCAACACUGCCAGGCUUGUGUUCUGUCCAGGCUGCCUGGCCUGUGAAUGCUGUCAUACCUCCAGGGCUCUAUUUUGUGAAUGAGAGUUGCAUGUUGGUGAGAUGAGGAAACAUGAGAAGGCAGCACGUGACUUAAGCCAGUUUGUAGAUGGGAACUUACUUGUACCGAGUGACUUGUGUUUUUAUAUAUAUGUGUGUGUGU